UCAUGCUGCUGCCAGGUCCAGAGUGUGUCAUGGGUCCCUGUACGGCCUCCCAUUGCUGCUGUCUCCAUCGCCACACUCUGCCAUGUGCUACUUUCAGGUCUCCUCACACUGCUGGUGGGUUCCAUUUUGUCAUAGGGUGCUGGCAGAUUACGGGCCUCCCAUUGCUGCUGCCAGGCCCGUAAUCUGCCAUGGGCCCCCGUACCGCCUCCUCAUGCUGCUGCCAGGUCCAGAGUGUCUCAUGGGUCCCUGUACGGCCUCCCAUUGCUGCUGUCUCCAUCGCCACACUCUGCCAUGUGCCACUUUCAGGUCUCCUCACACUGCUGGUGGGUUCCAUUUUGUC